AUAAUAUAAUAAUGGCUUUGCGACCUUUAGAGAUGGAAGACUUAUUGGUAAAUAUUGCAUCGAAAGGCUAUUCUGUACAUAUUGGACCAAGGCGUCUACAAUUAUUAGAACUGCAAGGUGCAAAUGUUUUUUUCACCAGCUCAAAAGAUGUUAAUUUGAGAAUUGUUGAUAAAGAACAUUGUGAAGACAUUGAUAGAUGUUACAGACGCAGUAUAGAAAAGAAGAUUCUAACAAUUAUUCCAUCAGCACUUUAUACAAUAAAUGAGGCAGAAGAAUUGAAAAAGGUUGGAGUCCAAAUUAUAUGUUAUGCUGAUGCCAUUACUUCAACAGAUUUUCGCAACUUAUUGAAGGUAAUCAAGAUUAAGCAAUUAGUCGGCAUUGAUGAAAAAUGUGACCAAAUCUUUCUCAAUAAUUUUUUGAAAUGCACUUUAUCAAGCAUCAGUUCAAACAACUUAUUUAUGCCCUCAAUGAAUGCUGGCACAGAUUUUGAAGAUAGAGAGGAAAAAGAUCAUUCUUUGGCACCAAAUGAUGUUCAAUAUAAUAGUGAAAAUUUUAAUAAUAGUAUAUCUUCACCAUCUGAAAUGUUUAUUCCACAAGUGCCAUUAAAAAAGACAUUAUUUUCAAGAACAAAAAUAUUGAUCACUUAUAUACCAAUACACAAGAUGCAUUUAUACCUUUGGCUUCUAGUUCACAAAGACUUUCAGAUUCAAUCCGUACCGUUUGUAAAGGAUUAUGUGAAUGAUGUGCGCAACCAUAAAAAUAAAUUGAAUAGGUUACAUCUGGUGAAUCUGUUUGCCGGAAAUUCAAUGAAUCGUACAGCUAGCAUAUCAAAAAGUAAGCAUCUGGUAGAAAAAUGUGUCCAAACAGAUGCAAUGAUUGAAGAUACGCAUUUUACUAAAGAUGAACUAAAUGGUGAUACAAAUAAAUUCAAUAACCAAGAGAGUCUUUUGAAUUAUCAUAAGAAAAACGCAGAAUACAGUAAAUUAGAUGGGUCUCUUAUAGAUAUAGUUAUUUCAAGCACAGAGUCUGAAUCCAGUAGCGAAGAAAGUGUAAUACAAAAUAUAUCAACAGAACUUAUUAUGGUACAUGAGGCAUCCCAUGUAACAACUUCUUCAAAUAAAUUACAAGAAAGUAUGACGAUAUCCAAAGAUGUUUCUCAUACAAAUAAAGAUAUAUUGGAAACAGAAAAUGCAAUUAUGAAAAUGAACAUUCUACUAAAGCUAAACUAA